UAUUUUCUCGUUUGUUUUUCAUAAAACGCACAAUCGGUCACUUCGCAAUCGCGUCGCCGCACGCGUUUCAUCGCGCCGUCAGUCGCAUAGAACAUUGUAAAAUAAUAAUAUCAUAUUAUUGCGAGAUCGAUAUACACACAAUAAUAUCGUAGUAUAUACGCCGAUACGCCGUUUGCACAGUACCCCGCCGUGUUGUCCAGAUACGUAGCAUCAAUAUGACACCUGUUAUUAAACUAAAAAACAAAAAUAAUUUAAAUGUAUCUCCAUUAAAUCUAAAUGCAAACAUGAUUUAUUUUAAUAAUAAUCUUCGUGGUCAAGAAGAAAAGCCUUUAAAACCUAUACAAGAUUGUUUAAAUGUCGACGAUCAACUAUGGAUCAAUAUAAAUAACGUAUCAGCUAGUUUUAAUGUGAAAUUACAUUUAAAUCUCAGGCAUUUAGCAUUGCAUGGUCAUAAUGUGGAGUAUAAACGUGAAAAAGCGAAACUUAUAAUGAAGUUACGUAAGCCAAGUACUACAGCAAAUAUAUGGUCGAGUGGGAAAAUAGUUUGUAUAGGUUCAGCAUCUGAAUAUGAUUCGAAAAUAGCUUCAAAACGUAUUGCUAGGAUUAUUCAAAGAUUGGGAUAUGCUGAAGCAAAAUUUAGUGGUUUCAAAAUUAUCAAUGUUCUCGGCACAUGUAGCUUUCCAUUUUAUAUCAGAAUUAUACAAUUUUCCGAAAAAUACAAAUCAAAUUCUCAGUAUGAACCUGAAUUACACCCCGGCGUCACUUACAGAAUUAAAGAAUUUAAAGCUACAUUAAAAAUAUACUCUACUGGUAGCAUAACUGUAAAUGCUCCGAGUGAAGCAAUAGUGAAACUUGCCAUUGAACACAUAUAUCCUUUAGUAUUACCAUUUGGGCGAAAUAAGAUAUUAGACGAUAAGUGUCUUGUAAAAGUGACCGAAGAAAACAAAUACCGCGAACAAAAUACUAGAGUAUUGGAAUCUACUGGUCAUUUGCCAAUAUUAUAUCAUAGCCCCGUUGGAGAAUUAAUUAAAAAUUGGCAACUAAACAGUUUGGUACCUAAAGUAGACAAAAAUAAUGAUAUUUUAUUAAAUUAUACUGCGUAAACUUACACAUUUUUUCUU